CUGGUGAUAAAGAGGAUCGUUUUCACAGGAAUACCACUUCAUUAUGUGUGUGUUUGCCUGAAUAGAGAAAUCAGAUCUGACUUUCAUUACGAAAAGGAAAGACAAUGAGGGAUUUCAUGACAUUUGCAGGAAGAGUCACACAAAGGUCUCUACUGGUUUUUCCUCUGAAGACUUCUCUGUGAGGUAGGAUAGCAGGAUGGUGGCAGCGGAGGUGGAGGGGAGGUGAUGAAGGCAGAGCUUCCUCUCUGUCUCCCUGCAUCCCAGUGCAUUGAGAAAUAAUUGAGCUCAGUGAAAGCCGAGCAUUCAUUCAGAGACCUUGGCCGGCGCUGCUGAAGCCUGGAGGCUCUGUGGCUUUUCAGCAGCGGACAGGAGAUAGAGGAGGAAUAAAGAAAACAGUAAGAAAGGAAAGAAUAGACGGAAAGAAAACAAGAGGAGAAGAGCAUGAGCUGCGCGCUGGACUGGAGCCGUUAUUUCAUCGCUGUAUGACACAACCAUGCAGAGGAGGAUUUUUUAAACCAAUUAAAAACUUCUUCUCCUUCAGCUGAACGUGCAGCUUUUACUCGAAAUUCACCUAAACUCCAGCAAAUCCGGAUUUCACCACAUUCCGCGGAUGCGUCGAGCGCUCCGGACCUAUCCAGGGGUGUAGCCGUGGUGCUUCUCGUGCGUCUUUGCGCUGGUAGAGGCUGUGAGUGAGCGUGUGUGUGAGACAGAGCUGGUGAAGCAUCAGCCGGAGUGGCCGACCAGUCAGAAGGAUGCUGGUGGGCAAUGCCUGCAGAAAGAGAGGAUGAGAUUUGUCGAAAGGCGCUGGAACUGCUCUCCGACCUGUGUUCCAAGGGAGAGGUGCAGGACGACAACUGCCUGGAUUUCAUUUACUACUUCAGGGACUUGGCCAGACCGCGUUACACGGACUCAGAUGUAUCAGUGAGCCUGUUGUCCCUGCUGGUGACCACCUGUGGUCUGGCUCUCUUCAGUGUGUCCCUCUUUGUCUCAUGGAAGUUGUGCUGGGUGCCACUGAGUGGCCGUUUCCUCCCAGACGUCCUCAAGGGGGCGCACUUCCUGGGAGGAGACCAACAGCCCGUCCUCAUAGAGGUGGACGGGGAGGAAAGGGAGUACAGCGAAGAUGGCUGUGUGAAAGAGCCUUCUGGGCCUCCUUCAGCUGUGGCUGUUCCAGAGUCAGCCCUAAAGAUAAGUCACACAUCACCUGACAUCCCGCUGGAGACUCAGGCCAAGGUGGAGAAAAACCUGGUCCAUACUCUGGCCAGGGACAGGGUCCAGAGACAGAUCACUGAGCCUACUUCGUCUGUACGGCACAACUCCAUCCGUCGUCAGAUGAACUUGUCUAAUCCAGACUUCAACCCUGCUCAGUUCCAGCGCCAGGAGUCUCUGUCUGGUUUGGGUCGGAUUAAACCAGAACUGUACAAGCAGCGCUCCGUCGACGCAGAAGAUGGUCGUCGUACCGACAGCUGCGGGCGUCUCAGCUUCGUCCUGAAGUUUGAUUUUGAUCUUGAACAGCUGAUCGUAAAGAUCCACAAGGCCCAAGACCUUCCCGCCAAGGACUUCUCAGGGACCUCUGAUCCUUACGUCAAAAUCUACUUGCUGCCUGACCGCAAAACCAAGCACCAGACCAAGGUGCACCGCAAGACACUCAACCCAGUGUUUGAUGAGGUGUUUCUCUUUCCUGUAGCAUAUGCUGAGCUGCCGAACCGUAAGCUGCACUUCAGUGUCUACGACUUUGACAGGUUCUCUCGCCAUGAUUUGAUUGGCCAAGUGGUUGUGGACAACUUCCUGGAUCUUGCCGACUUUCCUCGGGAGACAAAACUGUGCCGGGACAUACAAUAUGUGACCUCGGACAAUGUGGACCUGGGAGAGCUGAUGUUCUCACUGUGCUAUCUCCCUACGGCUGGCAGGCUCACCAUCACUAUGAUCAAAGCCAGAAAUCUCAAAGCCAUGGACAUUACUGGAGCUUCAGAUCCAUAUGUCAAAGUGUCCCUGAUGUGUGAUGGCCGGAGGCUAAAGAAGAGGAAGACUUCAACCAAGCGCAAUACACUGAAUCCGAUUUACAAUGAAGCCAUUGUGUUCGAUGUUCCUCCUGAGAAUAUCGACCAGAUCAGCCUGCUCAUAGCCGUCAUGGACUAUGAUCGGGUUGGACAUAAUGAAGUGAUAGGAGUGUGUAGGGUGGGCAAUGAAGCAGAAAGUCUGGGGCGAGACCACUGGAAUGAGAUGCUGGCAUACCCACGGAAACCAAUUGCACACUGGCAUCCACUCAUAGAGUGGGUCGGACAGGGAACAGCAGGCAGUGGAAGCCAAGGAGGAUCCACCAAUUCCCUGAAAACACCACCAUCACCAUGAUCACACACACACACACACACACACACACAAAAUGGUAGAAGAGAUGAUGGACCUCCACUCGGUCCAACUGAAAUGUUAGAACAUACAGUAUAAGGUGUGAUUAACAAGCCUACAGAAGUAACAUGAACUAAAAGCCAUUACACAGAUUUGUGUGUCAUUAGAUUGAACAAGGCUUUGGUGUGUUAACACUGUUGCAAAGGCUAAUCCAGACUUUCUACUUCCUCUUGUAUCUUCACAACCAAAAACCACUUAACUACAUUCCAGCUGAACUACUACAGUGCUAUUUUUUUCAGUUUGAGUUGUUACUGACUGAGUAUUAACAGGUUGACAUUAUUUAACAGGUCAAGCUUUUUUAGCAAAUUGCAGUUUGUGGACCAAAAUCGUAAAUCUUUAGGCCACUGUGUGAUGCUGUAGCUUGUGAUUUGUGUGAGUGAUCAGCUAUGUAGAUAAAGUAAGCAUUACAAAGAUGAGGUUACAUAAUUAGAAAGGACAAAGAGGGCAUUUUAUCAAACAUUCAAGUUUGACAAAAUGGGCAAUCCCCACAGAAAACUGCCGGUCAAGAUGUAAACUUAAGAGAACUUGCUCCAUGAAAAAUAAAGCGUUUUAUUUACUGCAUGUGAAAUUCAUACUUUGUUGACUGGGUGUGGUCAAUAUAAAGGAAAUGUUUUUUCUGGCAAAGGAGCCAACCUGGUCUCCCCAAAUGGUGUAAGAAUAACACGCUAAUGUCUUAAGUUAUUUCAUGCUAUCAGAAAAACCUUUUUUUGCUGAUCACAUUAAGUAUUUCUCAUGUCAUUUUAAUUGCGAACGUCAUAGGCAGACAAAAGUAAAGUAACAUAGCACAAAGAAAGUGAAAAUCCAAACAUGGAGGAGAUUGACAUGAUGGUUGGGCCCCAACCCAUGACCCAGGAGACCAACGUUUCAGUUCUACGUGAAAGCAAUUGUUGACUAUUUUGAUUUAGGUCUGUGAAUUAACUUAUGUAUGAUUUUUUAACUUUUGCCAUGUAAGAAAUCUUAUUUUAACGUUUCAUAACAUAACCAUGUAGUUUUUAUGCCUAAUCCUAACCAAACUACAACCAUAGCUUACAAAUAAGACAACAGAUCAUAUGAUGAGAGUUACCUGAUGCUCUUUCUUGCACGUCUAGUAAACUAGUAAAAUGCAAAUGGAAUUAAAUGAUACGUGAAAGUGGUGCGAUUGAUGAUC